AAAGGUCCAAGAGACUGUUAGACAUUCCAUAGCUAUAAUAAGUUAUAGCUAUGGAAUGAAAACUGCAACGUUAUCAUAACUAGUACAUGUAAAACAAUGUUGGAGAUACUUCCACUGCUACACCGCAGAAAAGUGUACGUCCUAUCGAGGGAAGUAGAUGACAGCGCAUGCGCACACAAUUGAGCGGCUCACACGUGAGUCGUCGGUUGGUCCAUCAGUCCAUCCAGUCCGGGUCUGUCCUCUGCUCUCAAACUUGUCCUGCACUCUCCCGUGCACAAGUGCAAGAAUCUCCUGGACUCCCGGACUUCUCAGUCGGAACCAGUCUCGCAAGUUUUCAAUCAUGACUGUAGUCCGAUUCUACGGCAACAAGGAGAAGGGGCGUGGCUUCCAGCGUGCAGUCAAGCAGUACCCGCAGCUGUCCAUCGAGUCUGAGCUGUGCUACAAUGUGGAGCUGACAGGCUGUGAGAGUCUCAAUGCUGAGCAGAAGGAGGUUCUCCUCUGGUUGUUCUCGCCAGCAAUGCAUGCUGAGCCACUGGCCGAAAAACCGAAUCUCGUUGAAGGCAGUGGAGAGAAACUGGUGGAGAUCGGACCCAGGUUGAACUUCUCUACUGCUUGGUCCACAAACGCUGUGUCCAUCUGCCAGAGUGCCGGCCUUGCUAAUGUCACUCGGGUGGAACUGUCACGCAGGUUUCUCAUCAAGCCAAAAAAUGAGAAGAUUGAGAAGCUGAAUGGCGAGAUACAGAAACUGAUCGAGUGUCUGUAUGACGGCAUGACAGAGUGUAUCUACCCACAUCCCAUCACUUCCUUCAGUGUCAAAACCAAACCUCAGCCGGUGUUUGAGGUGGACAUUUUAGGACAAGGUCGAGCUGCGUUAGAAAAGGCCAACGAUGACCUGGGCCUGGCAUUUGACUCCUGGGAUUUGGACUUCUACACUUCAAUGUUCCAGAGGAUUAAGAGGAAUCCCACUAGUGUGGAGUGUUUUGACCUGGCACAGUCCAACAGCGAACACAGUCGUCACUGGUUCUUCCGCGGGCGAAUGGUGAUUGAUGGCCAGGAGCAGAAGGAUACGCUUUUCAGUCUCAUAAUGGCCACACAGCAGCACAGCAAUCAGAACAAUGUGAUCAAGUUCUGCGACAACAGCAGCGGUAUCAAAGGUGCAGAACUGGAGUGUUUCUACCCCAAAGAGACGUCUGAAGCCAGUCCGUAUGAGACACGACCGUCGCUCCGACACGUCAUCUUCACCGCUGAGACACACAACUUUCCGACUGGCGUAGCACCUUUCAGUGGUGCCACCACUGGGACCGGAGGUCGAAUUAGAGACGUGCAGAGUGCUGGACGCGGAGGACACGUCAUCGCCGGCACUGCUGGAUACUGCUUCGGCAAUCUGCACAUUCCUGGGUACAGUUUGCCAUGGGAGUGUGAGGGAGACGCUUGGGAGUAUCCAUCCAGCUUUGCAUCUCCACUGCAGGUGGCUAUUGAAGCCAGUGAUGGAGCCUCUGACUACGGGAACAAGUUUGGAGAACCUGUGCUGUCAGGUUUUGCGCGUUCCUUUGGCAUGCGCUUGCCUAACGGAGAGCGUCGAGAGUGGAUCAAGCCCAUCAUGUUCAGCGGCGGCCUGGGUUCCAUUGAAGAUUCUCACAUAAAGAAGGAGGAGGCGCAGACCGCAAUGCAAGUGGUGAAGAUCGGCGGGCCUGUUUACAGGAUCGGCGUGGGAGGAGGGGCAGCUUCCUCUGUGCAAGUCCAGGGAGACAACUCCAGCGACCGAGAUCUGGGUGCAGUGCAGAGAGGGGAUGCCGAGAUGGAGCAGAAGAUGAAUCGGGCUUUGAGGGCUUGUCUGGAAAGAAGUGGUGGAAAUCCAAUUUGCAGCAUCCAUGAUCAGGGAGCCGGAGGAAAUGGUAAUGUCCUGAAGGAGCUGAGUGAGCCAGCAGGCGCCAUCAUCUACUGCAGCCGAUUCAUGAAAGGUGACCCCACUCUUAGUGUGCUGGAGCUGUGGGGUGCAGAGUAUCAAGAGAGCAACGCUCUGCUGCUGCAACCUUCAGACAAGGAUUUCCUGGAGAAAGUUUGUCGAAGAGAGAAAUGUCCCGUCGACUUUGUGGGAAACAUCACUGGGGAUGGCAAGAUUGUGCUGGUUGAUGACGAGUCAAAGGGUGAAAGUGGUCGCAGUCGGAAUCCAGUAGACCUGCAGUUAGAGUGGGUUCUUGGGAAAAUGCCACAGAAGGAGUUCAGGAUGGAGCUGCUCCCGGUGACUCAUCAGUCCCUGGUUCUGCCUGCUGGGCUGACGGUCCGAGAUGCUCUGGACAGAGUUCUGCGUUUGCCUGCUGUAGCUUCCAAACGCUACCUGACCAACAAGGUUGACCGAUCGGUGACUGGGUUGGUUGCCCAGCAACAGUGUGUCGGCCCGCUUCACACACCAAUGGCAGAUGUGGCUGUCGUCGCCCUGUCGCCGUUCAGCCUUCAGGGGGCAGCGACCGCUAUUGGAGAGCAGCCAAUUAAAUCUCUUGUGUGUCCGUCUGCGGGGGCUCGCAUGGCUGUGGGAGAAGCUCUGACCAAUUUGGUGUUUGCUCUUAUCACAGAUCUGAAGGAUGUGAAGUGUAGCGGUAACUGGAUGUGGGCUGCCAAGCUGCCGGGUGAAGGCGCAUGUCUUUGGGAGGCUUGCAAAGCCAUGUGCGAGGUCAUGAGUCAGUUGGGAGUCGCUGUAGAUGGGGGCAAGGACUCUCUCAGCAUGGCAGCCCGAGUGGGCACCGAGACGGUCAAAGCUCCAGGAGCUCUGGUCAUCUCAGCUUAUGCUGUCUGUCCAGACAUCACUGCAACUGUUACUCCAGACCUGGAGGAUCCAGAUGGAAAUGGUGUGUUGUUGUGGGUCCCUCUAAGUCCAGGUCAUCAUCGCCUCGGAGGAUCGGCUCUGGCUCAGUGCUACAGUCAGCUGGGAGACUCGUGUCCUGACCUUGACCAGCCACAACUGUUCGCUGCCUGCUUCAGAACCACACAGACACUCAUCCGAGAUCGUCUACUGAGUGCGGGACAUGACAUCAGUGAUGGCGGUCUCAUUUCCUGCCUCCUGGAAAUGGCAUUUGCAGGAAACCGUGGCAUUGAUGUCGACUUGUCCUCUAAAGGGGUUGCUGUCAUGGACCUGCUGUUCAGUGAGGAGUUGGGUCUGGUUUUGGAGGUCUCUCAGGCCGAUGAAGAAACAGUGUGUCAGAGGUACCAUGAGGCGGGUGUUUCCUGUCUGAGUAUCGGCACCACCAAUGGUUUUGGACAUGCUGCAAUGGUCAGCGUGCGAGUGGACGGGCAGGUGGUGCUGUGGGAAUCUCUGCCACACCUCAGAAGUGUGUGGGAAGAAACCAGUUUCCAGUUGGAACGCCUCCAGGCCAAUGAGCUCUGUGUCAGGCAGGAAGAAGAAGGCCUUUCCAAGAGGACAGAGCCUCACUUUAAGUUGACCUUUGACCCUUCUGAAAGCCCUAUCAAACAGAUACUGUCAGGUGCGCAGCCCCGUGUUGCUGUAAUCCGAGAGGAGGGCAGUAAUGGAGACAGGGAGAUGUCUGUUUCCCUGUACAUGGCUGGCUUUGAGGUGUGGGACGUCACCAUGCAGGAUCUGGGCUCUGGGUCUCUUACUCUGGAGCGGUUUAAGGCUGUCGUAUUUGUUGGAGGUUUUAGCUUCGCUGAUGUGCUGGGAUCAGCCAAAGGUUGGGCUGCCACUGUUGCAUAUAACCCCAAGGCCAAAGCAGAGUUUGAUCGCUUCAGACAAAGAAGUGACACUCUGAGUCUGGGAGUGUGUAAUGGCUGCCAGCUGCUGGCCCUGCUGGGAUGGGUGGGCGAGAGUCAGGAGGGAGCAGCCUCCGAUGUGGUCCUGACCCAUAAUAAGUCUGGCAGGUUUGAGUCAAGAUUUGUCUGCGUUGGUAUCCAAGCGUCUCCAUCUGUGUGGCUCAGAGGCAUGGAAGGCUCCUCCCUUGGAGUUUGGGUCGCACAUGGAGAAGGUCUGAUGCAAUUCCGUAGCUCCCACGCUCUGGAUCAGGUCAUCGCAGGCGGCUUUGCUCCUCUCCGUUACCUGAAUGACCAGGGUCAGCCUACUGAAGAGUACCCUCUGAACCCGAAUGGCUCGCCGCUGGGUAUCGCAGGGCUGUGCUCUAGGGACGGCCGACACUUGGCCAUGAUGCCUCACCCGGAGCGCUGCACUUUGGACUGGCAGUGGCCCUGGGCUCCUCGGAACUUCAGGGCCUCUCUCAACCCAUCUCCCUGGCUCUACAUGUUCAAGAAUGCAGUUGCCUGGUGCAGCAGCACACACUGAUGGUACCACAACUGCAGCCUUCGGAUUAAAUCGCAGUUGUGCCUAUGACCGUGUGAAAACACUGUUACCGUUUGAAAAGUUACUGAGACACAGUUCAUGAUGUUGACACGCAACCGUAAUUUCAUUG